AUGGUGAAAUCGCGAGCUGUUCCACGAGCCCUUCAAGCUUCGAGUACAGCUCGGCUUGACCCGCCAUCCUUCAAGGCGCCCGGAAGUCUGACUGACCCAACAUUCAUCUGGUACAAAAAUGGACGUCCUUUAACCACAAAGACCAUCAAGAACAACCAGCUCCACCUGCAGACAGUCAGCAGUGAGGAUGCAGGCAGUUAUAGCUGUGCUGUAAGAGGAUAUCAACAUCUCCACUCUACUGCUCAUAACCUCAGAGUCAGAUACCAUACAAAGAGCGUCUCAGUGUCCAUCCAUCCUUCUGGUGAAAUAGUGCAGGGCAGUUCAGUGACUCUGACCUGCAGUAGUGAUGCAAACCCACCUGUGGAAUGUCAGUGGUUUAAAGAAACAUCAUUACUAGUGAAAGAAAAGAACUACACAAUUACCAAUGCCAGCUCUGUGGACAGUGGAGAAUACAAGUGCAAGUGCAUUAAUGAACAUGGAGAGAGAUACUCUGAAGCUCUAACUCUGGAUGUUUUGUAUCCAACAAAGAGCGUCUCUGUGUCCAUCAGCCCCUCUGGUGAAAUAUUGGAGGGCAGUUCAGUGACACUGACCUGCAGCAGUGAUGCAAACCCUCCUGCACAGAACUACACCUGGUUUAAAGAGAGUGGAACCUCACCUGUAGGAUCUGGACAGAAUUACAGCAUCUUCAACAUCACUGCUGACCACAAGGGGUGGUAUCACUGUGAAGCUUGGAAUAAGCUUGGAAGUCCAAAGGCAUCUGCAGCUUUAUUUUUACAUCCAGGUCGCAGUUACACAACAGUGUUUGUGAUUGUGGGACUAGCCUGUAUUGGAACUGUGAUCACUGUGUGCUUUGUCUAUCUGAUGAUCAGAUGGGCUAAACGAACAGUUCAGAAUGUUUCUCCUGCUGUUGAUGUUUAUACCGCACCUGAUUGUGGCUCCAUAUGCUGUGAUGAAGUUCAGACUCCACCCAUUGUAGUGUUGUACAGGCCCCACGAUGACAACAACACAGUUCUUAACACAUACGCUACCACUGAAGAGGCAUACGUAGCCCUUAGUGAUGCAGACUCAUCCUUUCAUGAAGCGUACCAAGCUCUCGAUGACACAUACCUGGUUCCUGAAUAUCUUGAGGAAUUGUAUGCUAAUGUUUCUCCUGCUGUUGAUGUUUAUACCGCACCUGAUUGUGGCUCCAUAUGCUGUGAUGAAGUUCAGACUCCACCCAUUGUAGUGUUGUACAGGCCCCACGAUGACAACAGCACAGUUCUUAACACAUACGCUACCACUGAAGAGGCAUACGUAGCCCUUAGUGAUGCAGACUCAUCCUUUCAUGAAGCGUACCAAGCUCUCGAUGACACAUACCUGGUUCCUGAAUAUCUUGAGGAAUUUGGUUGA